AUGGCAAUCUUCCAGCGAGGGGUGAACCCUGAGAUUCCAGGAAAGCAGCUAAUUGUAAUCCCACACCAUAUCGCUGUCGGUCUGGAUUAUGAUUGUAAGGAAGAUCGUCUUAUUUGGAGCGAUAUCUCUGGACAUUCGAUUAGAUCAGCUUCUCUCAAUGGUACAGAGCAUAAAUCAUACUAUUCCGACGUCCUUAGCAGUCCAGAAGGAAUCGCUGUCGAUUGGUCGUCUAGAAAUGUCUACUAUGCGGAUUCACUCAAUGAUGAAAUAGGUGUUGCUUCUUUGGACGGAAAAUACCAAAAAGCUCUUCUUACUGAAGGUCUUGUCAAUCCAAGAGCUUUAGCUUUAGAUCUUCAAAAUAGGCAUUUGUUCUAUACCGAUUGGCAUCGCGAGAAUCCUCUUAUCGGAAGAAUGGACAUGGAUGGAAAAAAUAAUAGGAUAUUUUUAAAUGAUGAUGUCCAUCUUCCAAAUGGAAUCACUGUUCUACCUAACAGGAGAGAACUAUGCUGGGUGGAUGCAGGAAACCACAGGUACCCAUAGAG